CCCGCAAAAUAGAGAUUCUAUUUUGUUGGUAGAUUUUCUUAAUGUGCGGUAAACGCGCGCAUCACUGUAACACAAAAGUAACAUAAUGAAGUUAGCCGCGGGCGCGUUAUGAAAAAAUUGUGAGAGUGAAAUUUUAAGAUGCGCGCGCAACACUGUAACAGAAAAGUAACACCAUGAAGUCGGCCGCUAAACCGCACAUUACUCGUAAGUCUCGAAAAAGCUUCCAACAAAAUAGUAAUAGGAUCUCUUAGUCGCACAUGUUGGGACGCUCGUCGCCUCUGAUCACUGUUUUCAUAUUUAUAAUAUUUAUCCACAUGUUUCUAGUUUCUAUAUUCUUAACACGUGUUAUAAUGUUAUACAAAUGCGAAAUUUAUAUGUGCUAAUAAAUUUUAUUCAGUAGUGAUUUAAAUUGAAUAUUUUGAUUAUUUAUUAAAUUUUUCAAAUUAAAACUGAACUUUAUUGACUGCGUUGACUAUCCUUUUCCAAUCCUUUUAUUAUCUUAUUGUAAUUAAUUAUCUCCAUGCAAUUAAAAACUAUUUUUUAAUAAUUCCAAAAAGAAGUUAAACUUCUCACGCGCGUACUUAAGUACACGCACCCAUAUUUUUUUAUUACCUAUUUCAAUUUAUGUAAGUUACAGUUUUCGAACGCACUUCAACUAUCCACUGUUUGCUACGUUCCAUUUUACACACUGCCACUUGUAAAUAUUUGUUCAACCGUUUUUUAUGCGUUUCAAAUACUUUUACACUGUAUUUUAUGUGUAUGUUUUUCUAUAUCAAACUCUUACUACAGAAUAAUUUAAUUUAAUAUUAUUAUCAUUUCACAAAUGCGUCGUGCAGUACAAUUGAACGAUUUGUAAAAUGGAUUUCUUUGACAUAAUAUGACCGGUGUUUGACAACCCGCCCUGCACAGAGUUUGUUAAUUAGAAUGCUUUGGUAUUUUCUUUAUAAAUAAAUAAAAUAAUGUAGGAUUGCUGUAAGAUGAGUAAGCAUGGCCAGUGGUAUAUGCUUUAAGUUUAUGAUACAUCAUACAAAAAUACAUACAACCCUAAAUUUUCACUCUUCUACUACGAACCCCUAUUUUUUUUACUGUGAAGUUCGCUGGGACUAGUAUUACUACUGGCUAUAGUGAAAUAAAAUUGGUGUGAUUUUGUGUUUCAACCGCCUGCGCAUCUGAAGAAUGAGUGGAAUCUUUUAAAUAUACGAUAUCCGGUCAAGUGGACAUGAGAACUUUAUUGUAAUGUUGACUACCUCACAGAAGCUUAUCGAUAAAGCCAACUCGAUACAUUUCUUGCCAAAAACUCCAAGAAACGUUAAAAUGCGUCACACCGACAUUCUAAUGUAAAAAAAGAAGAUUAAGAUUUGUAUACGACUGAAGAACUUGUAUCCAUGGUCAUGAAUAAAAAAAAAGUUAAAAUUCGUGCCUGGGGUGUGGGCCUCAGUUGAGAAGUAUUUUGAUGAAAAAGCGCGGGAAACCUUCAAUUUAGGCGGACGUACUUUUUGGGAAGAUUUUUUAUUUAUUUCUAUUAAUAGUCAUUGAGAUCAGAUAGGCCCUUAGUUUAGUGUAUAUUUUAAUAUAUAUUAGUAGUGUAUAAUUAUAUUCGCUGUAUUGGUAAGUUAUUAACAUUUCUUACGUAUGAAUGACCCUUUAGACCCUGGGGGGACAGCCCCCCAGGUGUCGCAUAUUGUUACAAUUCCAUUUGAUUGUAAUGAAAAAGAAAUUUAAACAGAGGGCUCUUUAAUUGACACUGAUACUUCUGAUAACAACUUUAAUAACAAUAAACGUAAACGAGUCUCAUCCCGAAAAAUUUGCAAGCAUUGCAACAAAAAGAGAAGGCAUUACAAAUCCUCCUCAGUGGCUUUUAAUGAAAAAGAUUGUCAGUGUACUGACGAUAAUAGUCAUUUUGAAGAAAACCUCCCCACUAAAUUUAAAUCUCCAAAAGUUCCUACUGCUCCAGUAUCACAAGAAAUAAUAAAUGUAAAUAAUUCAAAUUCCUCUCCUAGCGAAGUAAGUAGAAACCUGUAUCAGGCAUCAGAUGCCGCCCCGUAUAUUAUACAUAUUCAGAGGGAACAGACCAGUGCCAGUGAUAACACCUCUAUUCACCCCAUUUCGUUUGGCCAUUUCCUCAAAAAGAACAACAUUAAAAAUAUUGUCAAUGGAAGCCUUAAAAGAAUUGGAAGGAAUCGGUUACUUUUGUCAUUUACUCAUUUAGAAGAUGCAAAUGCUUUCAUUGACAAUCAAGCUUUGAAACAGCAUAACUACAAAGCAUUUAUUCCUAGUUUUAAUAUUACUCAUAUGGGGGUUGUAAGAGGUAUUCCCACUGACUGGUCCGAAGCAGAAAUAAUGGAAAAUAUUACUGUUCCAUUUGGGUGUGGAAAUAUACUCAAAGUUAGGAGAAUAAAUAGGAAACAUAUUGUAGACGGCAAAGCAACAUUCUCUCCAGUGGAGACUGUGGUGCUUACUUUUGAUGGCCAGGUUUUACCUAAAAGAGUUUUUCUUUGCUUCAAUGCUUUACCUGUUGAUUUGUAUAUUUUCCCUACUGUACAGUGCUUUAAUUGUUGUCGCUAUGGUCAUAUUAAGAAUCAGUGUAGAUCUGUUCCAAGAUGUUUCAAAUGUGGCAAUAGCCACGCUGGUGAGAGCUUUAAUAUUGAUGAUGAUGAUGUUGUGUGUUGCUUGUGUUCUGGUUCUCACUAUGCGACCAAUAGAAAAUGCCCAGAGUUUGCAAGACAGAAAUCUAUAAAAGAGACCGUGGCGAAAAAUUGUGUUUCAUAUGCUGAAGCAUUUAAAUUACAUCCUCCAGUUAUGAAAACCUAUUCUGAAGUGUUAUCUUCCACAGUAUCUCCAUUGUCUCCUACAAAACAAAAACAUACAAAUUAUAAUAAUGUAAACAAAUCUUCCUAUAAAAAGACAUAUUUUGUGAAAUCAAAUCCACCCAAAAAGGACAGCAUAGGGUAUGAUAAGGUAGCCCAUGCUGCAUUAACUCAGAACUAUGAUAUCCCUCUACCAUCAAUUGGCACCUUGAAAAAUAAUCCUUUAUCUACUUUGUCAAUAAAAGAUUUAAUUAUUGUUUUAAUUAACUCACUGUCUCAACAAAAUAAUUAUUUUGAACUGUCCAACAUUGCUAUUUUAAAUAUGAAUAAUUUAAUUAAUAAUAAUGAUACCAAUAAUGGAUCUUCAGUCCACAAUCCUUCAGUGGAAUUGCCGCAGCAUAAGGAAUAAAAAGUCAGACUUACUGUAUAUUAUUAACAUAUACAAACCAAUUAUUAUGGCACUACAAGAAACAUGGCUCCAACCCAACACUAACUUUAAUAUUUCUAAUUAUUUUUGUUUAAGAGAAGAUAGAAUGGAUAGCUAUGGUGGUUUUGCUUUAUUAAUAAGUGACACUGUUCCUUUCCAGCAUAUUCCAAUUACUAACCAUAGUACUGUCUUCUCAAUAAUAGCUGCAUCCGUUCAAAAUAAAUGCUUUGUGUCAAUAUACAUUCCUCAUCCGUCAUCCUCUAUAUAUGAUGAAGUAGCAGCUAUUCUAUCGCGAUUACCUAAACCUAUUUUGAUAAAGGGUGAUUUUAACGCUCAACAUCGAUCUUGGGUAGUUCUAACUCAAGCUAUUAUGGCGCUAGAAUUUUAGAUAUUGUAGAUGAAAAUAACUUUUGUAUUUUAAACUCUGGCGAUCCGACUAGACGCACACAGCCUAAUGAAGGCAUAAGCGCCCCGUAUUUAUCUAUCUCCACCCCCAAUUUAGCUUCCUUCUUUUCAUGGAGCACGCUUUCCUCCACUUUCGGCAGUGACCACUUCCCCAUAUUAAUAUCAUUCCCUAAAACAGUUUUAUAAUCGCGUCCUAAACGUUCACCUAGACUAAAACAUAGAAUUAGCAAUGACAGUGACAGCUGGGAGAAGUUUAGGGAGCUAGUUGCGCAAAAAGUAUCAUCUCUUCCCGACGUUCAGCUUAAUGAUCAAACAAUGUGCGCAGAUGCGUUUGCGUUGGUUCUAAUAGAGGCUGCUGAUUCGACCUUUCUGCGUAAACAAUCUAAUAGAAAUAUUCCCUCACCGCCUUGGUGGGAUUCUGAAUGCACAGCAGCAAUAAAGCGUAGAAAAGUAGCUGAAAAGAAAUAUAAUAAUAACAGUACAAAUGACAACUUUGACAAACUUUCGCAUAUAAUAAAUGAAACUCGUAAACUACUAAAGAAAAAAAAUGGGAUGGUUGGAAGGCAUUUUGUUCUUUCUUGGCCCCUGAUAUUUCCCCAUCUGCUAUUUGGACUAAUAUGCGAAGAUUUAGAUCGGCGUUCAGAGAACCAACUCAGAAGUUCAUAAAUGAGGAAGUGGCUGAUAAAUUCCUUGAUAAAUUAGCUCCCCCUUUUGUUUCCCCGGUUAAUACACCUUUAUUCAAAUCUAUUAACAACACGAUUGAUAAUUUAUCUCAUGACCACGGCCUCAACUCUCCUUUUAGCCUAACUGAACUAAAAUGUGUUUUGUCCUAUGUAAAAGAUUCUGCCCCUGGGAGUGAUGGAAUCCCCUAUUCAUUCAUAUCCCACUUAAGUGACGACAGUCUUGUUUACUUAUUACAAGUGAUCAACUCUAUUAUGGUUAAUAACGGAAUUCCUAUAUCAUGAAAAACUCAGGAAUUAAUUCCUUUAUUGAAACAUAAUAAACCCCCUGCAGAUCCAAAUUCAUAUAGACCUAUAGCUCUGGCUUCAGUUCUUUCUAAAAUAGCAGAACACUUAGUUAAGAACAGAUUGGAAUGGUUCUUAGAAAGUAAAGCUCUUCUUGCUUCCAGCCAGCAUGGCUUUCGAAAAGGUAAAAGCACCAUGGAUAGCACAGACAUUUUCACCACUGAUAUCAGAUUAGCCUUCUCAAAUAAUCAUUCCCUUCUUGCUGCAUUUAUUGAUAUAUCUGGUGCUUAAGACAAUGUGGACAUCCAAAUAUUAAAAAACAAACUUAUAAAACUAGAAGUUCCCUUGUUUUUGAUCGAUUUCAUUAUUAACCUUUCUUUCGGAAAGAUUGAUAAAAAUAGAUAUGGGAGAUGGCAAUUUUAAAUCUAGGCUGACAUGGAGAGGACUACCUCAAGGUUCGGUUUUGAGUCCUUUACUGUACAAUGUCUAUACGUAUGAUUUGGAGUCUUACAUCGCAGGUAGAGCUAACAUUUUACAAUAUGCGGAUGACUUAGUUUUUUAUGUAUCCGGAUCAUCUAUUAUUAAAUUAAGUCAAUCUUUAAGUAAUGUGUUAACACUCUUAAAAUCAUGGUUAGAUAAUAACUCACUGAGUCUUUCUGUUUCUAAAAGUUGUGCCGUUUUAUUUACAAGAAUAAGAUCACCCCUAUCAUUUUCUGUACAUAAUGGUAAUGACAUAAUUCCAGUGUGUAAUGAAGCUAAAUUUCUAAGAAUUAUUCUAGAUUCCAAAUUAACUGGCUUAUCACAUUGCUAUUAUGUAUCAGCUCCAUGUUAAAAAUUAUUAAACAUUUUAAGAUGCCUAUCUGGUGUUUGGUGGGGAGCUCAUCCAUCAGCACAAAAAUUAAUAUAUAAUGCUAUUAUUAAAAGUAUCCUUGAUUAUGGAACUUGCUUUCUGGAGCCCUGUAGUGCAUUAGCACUAAGUAAGUUAGAUGACAUCCAGUCUAAAGCUCUUCGCAUUGUAACUGGCGCCAUGAAGUCAAGCCCUAUUUAUGCACUGCAGGUUGAAUGUGUGGAUCCUCCUUUAAAACUAAGGAGACAAUUUUUAUGUGAUAAAUUUCUAUUUAGAGCUCUUCAACUUUCUGACCACCCUCUUUUUUACAAGUUAGACCAUUUAUUGCGUAAAAUUAAUAAUUCGGCAUAUUGGAAUAACAAGUCGCUUCCUUGCUUGGUAAUCAGCUACAUUAAAUUUACUUCACUGCUAGCACCCACCCACCGAUCACAAUAUCUUCCCAUUUUUUUCUAUUAAUUAUGAAGCUCUUACCAUUUCACCCAAAGUAGUUUAUUUAGACUCUUUACGAAAAGAUAAAAAUGCUAAUAUUAAUCUAAUGAGUAUUAUUAAUACAGAAUGGCCAGACUGGCAUUACAUUUACUGUGACGCAUCUAAACAUCCAUCUACUGGGAUAGUUGGAAUCGGUGUUUACCACCAACAGUAUAAAAUAACACAAAAAAUUAAAUUACCCCCAGAAACCUCAGUAUACAUAGGAGAAUGUUAUGAAAUCCUUAAAUCAUUAGAAUACAUUUUGCUUGCACAACUCAAAAAGACAAUUAUUUUCUCCGAUUCCAAAAGCACUUUACAGGCAAUAGAAAAAUUUCCUUUUAAAGCUUCUUCUAACGCCUAUUUGAUCGAUUGUAGGAAAUUAUUACUGAAUUGUACUUUGAAGAAUCUAAAUGUGCUCUUUGCGUGAAUACCUGGCCAUAAUAACAUCAUAGGCAAUGAAGUAGCUGAUAAACUCGCUAAAAAUUCAGUGAAUUGUGGUGACGUCUUUCCCUAUAAAAAUUUAGUAAAUGAUCUUGUUUUACUUCCUAAAGUACAUCUACGCAUAUCUUGGGAAGAAAACUGGGAUACUAGUAGUCGCACCAAAGGUAAACAUUAAAAAUUAAUUCAACAAUGUAUUCCCGAUAAACCAUGGUUUUCUAAAAUUCAUUUAAGUAAGUUUGCCACAUCAAGUCUCAUAAGAAUGCGCCUAGGUCAUAACUGUUCUUCUUCCCACCUGGCUAAACUGGGCAUAGUAAAUAAUAAUAUUUGUGCUUGUGGUACUGGAGCAGAAGACUUAAAUCACAUCUUCUUCGAGUGUCCCCUCAAUGAUUCCGCCUCUUUUAUGGAUUCAUUAAUAUCCCUUAAUGUACCUCUCCCUACUUCUAUUCCUUCCUUAUUGUAUUAUAAAAAUUAUAAUAUAUAUAACAAGCUAUCUGAAUUCCUAACUAAACAUAAUAUAAAAUUAUAAAUACCUAAUUUAUAACAAAUAAUGUAAUGUAUUUUAUAUACUUAGAUAGACCUAUUACUUACGUUUCAAAUUAAUUUUACGUACCUACCUGAUCCUAAUUCUUCCAAAUUCCGUUUUACAACCAUUUUAUUUCAUUAUUUUGGUUUCCUUACCUUUUACCCUGUCGUGGCCAAUGCACAAACCGUGCGAGCCAUUAUAAUAAUAAUAAAAAAAGUAUUUUGAUGCAACAAAAUGAAUAAAACAAGAAAUUGAAUGAUAUCUAUCUUGGCCUAGUACCUAAUCUGUGAUCUUGGCCCCUAAAUUGAGAUGGCGUGUAUGUUCCGUAGAAUUUAUUUUAAAUAUACCAAGUGCAUAGUAAUUACUAUUCUUGUGGCAUUUUUCGUACAAAUACUGGUUGCAAUACGUUUCUUUCCUUCUAUUGAAAACGAUAUAAUAUUAAAAAGAAAUAGCCCAGUCUUUGAAAAGCAAGAGCUUGAUGCCGUAUCGGCUAGAAAAGUAAUUUCUAGAUUAACUGACGACGAAGGCUUUAGUUCAAGAAUAAAACAUCAAACUACCUCGCGUUUAAGACUAGAAGAAUUAGAUUUCAUACCUCAAUGUGAAAUAAAAAGCAAGGAAGCUAUAUCAGCCAUUCAUCGUGCUAAAACACAAGCAUGUAAACAUGAAAUAGUCAAUGUGACUUGUCUCAUACAAAGUAAUAUCUUUUAUCCUAAAAUCUUACCCAGUUAUUGCUCAGCAAGAAAUGCUACUUAUGGUAAGGAAUUGGGAUGUUUCCAAGAUGAAAAGAAACUGAGAAUACUUUCUACUUUCUAUGGAAAUUAUGUUAAUUCAAACUCUCCAACAAAUUGCUUAGAUAUCUGUAUACAAGCAGGGUUUCCUUUUGCCGGUGUUCAAUAUGGGUCAGAAUGUUUCUGUGGAGAAAAUCGGCCAUCUGAGUUAGCCAAAAUUGAAAAUAAUUUUUGUGACAUGCCAUGCUCCGGAGAUACCACCAAGAUAUGUGGAGGAUACUUUACCAUGAACGUAAUGGAAACAGGUUUAUCAAAGUUUCUUCCACGGACUCCCAAGACCAAUGAAAAUAAUAAAGAGCCAGUCAGGAUAGUUUUUCUCUUGACUUUGAAUGGACGUGCUUUAAGACAAGUUUAUCGGUUAAUUAAUUCUCUUUACAGAAGCAAUCAUUAUUUUUUUAUUCAUGUCGAUAAACGACAAGACUAUUUACACCGAAAAUUGUCCGAGUUGGAGAAACAAUUCGCAAACAUAAAACUAGCUUCUCAUCGAUAUUCUUCUAUCUGGGGAGGAGCAUCGUUGUUGCAGAUGCUACUAACAUCUAUGAAAGAUAUUUCCGAACUGGGUUGGAAAUGGGACUAUGUAAUAAAUUUAAGUGAAAGUGAUUUCCCUAUUAAGUCUAUAGAACAUUUAGAAAACUUUUUAGCUGCAAACAAAGGAUUAAAUUUUGUUAAGUCUCAUGGUCGUGAAGUUCAAAGGUUUAUAAAAAAGCAAGGUUUGGACAAAUCUUUUAUUGAAUGUGAAACUCACAUGUGGCGUAUAGGUGAUAGAAAGCUGCCACGUGGCAUAAUAAUUGAUGGUGGAAGUGACUGGAUAGCACUGUCUCCCAACUUCGUGUCAUACGUAGUCGGUAAGCAUGAUGAACUCUUAACAGGAUUGGAUGUUAUAUUUCGACAUACUCUUUUACCAGCUGAAUCAUUUUUUCAUACCGUCCUCAGAAAUUCUGCAUUUUGUAAUACAUACGUUGAUAACAACCUCCAUGUCACAAAUUGGAAAAGAAAGUUAGGCUGUAAGUGCCAAUAUAAGCAUGUUGUAGAUUGGUGUGGUUGCUCACCUAAUGAUUUUAAGACUGAAGAUUGGCCAAGAAUACAAAAUACUCAAGAUAGGCAAUUAUUUUUUGCCAGGAAAUUUGAGCCUAUAAUUAACCAGGAAAUCAUUACAAGAGUAGAACAGUUUAUUGGUUAUGACGAUCACACUAUGAUAAAAAAUUACCAAGCAUAUUGGCAAAGUAUUUACAAUAUAAAUGAUUUAACUGCAAGUUCAGAUGAUCUAUUACUUACUCACGCUGGAAGCAUAAUUCGACAUAAUACAAAAAUUUUACGAGAAGAACUUUGCAUGGUUGAACCUUUUGAAGUGAUUGAAAUUAACUUAUACAAUUUCGCUGAUGUCUAUAAGGGAAAUUUAAUUCUACAUAGAGUUAUGUUAAACGAUGGUGCUGAAAUAUUAAUUGAAACCUGGUAUAAACCAAAGAAGCAUUUCGAAAUCAACUUCGAGAACCGUUAUGGCGAUAGUGUUAAAAUAUUUAAAGUGAGCUCGGAUUAUGAUCAAAAAGAAGUAAUAUUUCGAAACUUUGCAAAUAUUUUAGGACCAUUAUCCGAACCUAAUUUACUGUAUCAAUUUUCAUCAGAUGUUGAUAGUAAAAGUAAUAACUUGACAGUAAUAUGGUUAGACCCUUCUGGUUUAAUAGCCGAAGUAAAUAUUUUACAUUUAGAAGAAAAUAAUCUGACGAAUUUUAUCAAACCAUCAUUAAAAGUUCCUUUACUUCCAGGUGUAUGGAAAGUAGGACUUUUCGACAGAUCAAAUUUAGUUGUAUCGACUAAGUUUUUGAUUACCCCUUUAGAAUAUUUUUCGGGGAAAGAAAUAACACAACAAGAAGUAUCAAUAAUUCACAGUGGCUCACAAAAUUCUUACAAAAAGUAUACAUAUGUAAAACCACUCAGUUUUGUACCUAAUACAGAAGAAAGUGCGUUAUUGCAAAAAAUUGUUCAAGCUAAUAUUAAAAGGGUGAAAAAUGAUCUAAAAGAAUGGAUCGAUAAUUUAACGUCUAGUUUUUAUACUAUAUUAGGAUCAUGUGUUAGUGUUAUUAAUAAAAAUUCAAUAGGUAAAAUCAAAUGUGGUAGAUAUGAGUUUGAUAAUUGUUCUACAACAGCUUGGAGUUCUUUAUCUCCAGAUCCGAAAGGAACUAUAGGUAAAUUAAAUGAGAAAACUGGACGGUUGGACAGAAUGUGACAAAAAUUUCAACAUGCUGUGCAAUACCUUUAUGACAUAAAAUACCAAGUUAUUCACAAGUUGUUGAGAUUUACUGAAAUGAGAUGAUAGUUAUGCAAAAUCUAUAUUUUAAAUAUUUUUUGUAUGUAAAUAGUAAAUAAUUGUACAUAGUACAUAAUCGUUGCACGUUUGUUAUUGUUAAUAAACAAUUGUUAAAGAACUAACACACCGAGAACUAACUUACCUCUAUGAUGUUAGGACAAUACCCUCUGAGAUAGCGCAAAAGUCAUGUGAUGACCUCAGAGGGUACAUUUUUUGUGAGGAUAAGAAUAAUAAUGUUUUCCUUUACUUUUUUGUUAUUGGGUUUCCCUAGUCAACAAGGUACCUUUAUAAUUUCACCAUGUUCGUCGGUAUGUCUGUCCGCAACUACUCUCAUAGACUCUUACUUUAGUACCCAAAAGUACUAAAGAAAGAACAAAAAAGUUUAUUACGAUAUCACAUUUGUUUUACACAAAACCAGGGUUGGCGAAUUAAGUGUUAAACACCUGUUCACCCAGUUUCAUAAAAAAUAUUAGGUAAUAAGGUGGUCAAAUAUAUGUUAUGAGCAAGGGUUCCAUUAUAUCUUUGCAUUUAAAAAGUCAUCUAAAUAUUGUACACAACCAACCAGUCUUAUAUUCCCUCAGAUCAAAAGUCUCCAAAUACAUAUAUACCAUUUUAAUGAUCUUUAAUAUGUACACGUCGUAACUGUUCAUUGGUAUAUAAGCAUCCAGAGUACUCAUACAUAUCUUCGCUUACAUGGAUUAUUCUAUUCAAAUAAAAGUAAAGGCACACAUAUCAAUUUAGAAAGGGAUCGUCACCUUUCGAAAAAGUCGAAUUCUUUAUAUAAAACCGAGAAUCGUAACGUAAUCGUCUCGACUCGGGACAAGCUUCCGAGCCGCGGCGCGUGGUCGACUUGCAGUUUCCGCGUUUACGUCUCCAUAACCUAGCUUACGUCUCUUCGUCCACGCCCCUGACUCUCGUUCGAAUUAAAACUGAUUGAACUAGUGUCGCCUCAGCGAGCCGUAUGCGCAGCGUCGCCUAGCCGUAGCGAGUCGAUGUACUGGAGCUACUUAUGCGCUUUCUCUAACAGGCUCAAUUACCUAUAGGUGAACGCCUGUUUGACGGCAAGCCGAAAGGCGAGAAGGUAUCGAUUCGCUUUCAAAUUGACAUUUGUGCUAUGACAUUUUAUCUACUUGUUUCAAAAUACUUAAGAGCCCUUUUACAUUUUUUGCAAGAAAUCGUAAAUUUUGAGCGCCUUCUUUUCCCCUUUUAGAAAUGAUUUUGACUAUUUUUGAUACAAGUAAGAAGUAGAUUUACCUUUCUUAAGUUAAUGUAGAAUAUUUGCAAAUAUUGGUAGUUUUCCAAUUACAGCAAUAUAGCGCAUUAUGCGGCAUAAUGCUUAACGUUGAAUGUUUCAACUACAGCAACGCUUCGCACAAUCGAGCUUUCUCAAAAGUAAUGUUUUCGUGUGAUGCGUGCAAUCAAUACCAACUCAGUGACAGAAAAUUAACAAAUGUAUUUUUUUUUGCGUUAGCAUUGAUUUAAAUGUUUAAUUUAUAUAUUAUUGUAAGUAAUAUUAUUUAUUGUUGAAAAUUUUGUAAAGCUUUCGUUUCAUUGUAGUUUUUUAAAAAUAAUCAAAGUUAAUUCAAACUGUGUUAAAAAAAUAAAUAUGAGUAUGGAUGAAGGUACAAACAUUGACUUUUUUUUCACAUUCUAAAUGUGAAUACAAUUUUAUUUUAGAAUCAAAGAAAGAAAGAAUCUAUAAACAAAUUUUAUUUUACAGGAAUAUACUUUGUAAACAUUGCAAUUGCUUGAUCGAAUUGUUUAAUGCCGCAGGCAAUCAUCAAUGUUUUUGUGGAUGUGGAAAAGAACAUAUUUAUCAAGAUGAUUUUCAACACUGAACUUAGCGCACUCUGCUGGUGCAUUUGAAAACUAAUUCACGUUCCAAUUAAGCAUCAGCCUAAUUCGGCAUUGUGCGCCACUGAGUCGCAUUAUGCUCUGUACUUGGAAAACUACCAUUAUUAUCAUUUUUUUAUACUGAAAGUUCCACCUAGGAUUGCCAACCCUUCUAUAUAAUAUAAGGUGAAAUUGAAUGUUUUAAUGAAACUUCGCGGGAGUUUUGGAUUACGUAUAUUAUAGAGUAUCUCUGAUUUUUUUUUAUGUUUGUGCCAUUUUUUAAGUCCUCUUUUCACCUUUUCACUGUGUGAUAAGACACGAUUUGCAAAUUGUGCCUCGAUUAGUUCUUGUUCUGUGGCCUCGAUAUAAGAAUUUGGACAUGGUGUGUUGUUAUUGCGAGUGUGACAAAAUACUCGGCGGAGCCGCAAGGCUUUACGAAAGUAGAUUUGGCGAUUGAUUCUGUUUACAAAGUGUAUAUGGGAUCAGUGGCGUAACUAUAGGGUGGCAAGUCGGCAAAAUGCCACGGGCCCCCAGCCCGAAGGGGCCCCCGGUCAGAGGAAAUCUCAAUUCCCAACAUUUAUUAUUACACAUACACAUUACUUAAGUAAAAAAAAAGUUUUGUCUUUAAUUUAUUUGUUACCUUCUUAGUUGCAUACACAAGUAAAAAAAAUAUACCUAGGUAUUAAACUUUCAAUGCAUUAGUAAAAAAAAAAUUUAACCCAGUUUUAGAAAGAAUGGUCAAAAUCCAAUUACUCGUAAUAAUUUCGGAAACAUGUGUGUACAAACAUACCUCAAAAAUGUGUAUAUUGGUUUACAUUUAUAUUCACUGGGCAUGUCUCAGGGUGUCUCGCUGAGACUAAGUAUACUGCCGGCAUUAAAAUCAGUGUUGCCGUUUUAGCGCAUUUCGCGCUAGAUAGUGCAAUUCUAAACUCUUCAGCGCUUAUUUUCUCAAUACAAUGCGCUAAAAAAUAUUUUUCGGAAUCUAGUAGAAAAUUGUAAAAAUUAUUGACGAUCGUAAAUUUAAGCCAAUAAGUUAAUUGCCAGAGCCGUAAAACGUUAGGAAAAUAACGAGCUGGGAAUUCCUCAAAGGAUUUAGUAUUCCCCGACCACAAUGUUAUUGAUGCGUUUAUUAUUUUGUCUCUUUUUUACAUUAAAGUGUUAUGUUAUGACUGUCUCUGAUUUUACUAACAGAGUUCAAUUAUAAUGAUACGUCAUCAGUUGAAAGUUCUUAAGAAAAAUUGCCACACUUUUAUGUUGCCUGAACACGGUUUGAAGAAAAUGACUAAAAUUGUAAAAAAAGAAACGGCAUCUGGUGAAGGCACACCAACCGCACCCGAACGUAAUGAUGAUGACCAGAAAGAUAUUCAGUUGAUUUUGAUAAAUGUAAUAAUUUUAAUUUUAAUAAUGGUUAAUAAUGGUUAAAUAAAUUCACAUAAAAACACAUCUUCUCUUAUUGCCAUUAAAAAUUCACAGCUAAAAUUUAGAGCAAUUUUGAAAUGAGUUUGGUGUAUUUUUUUCUUUCUCAAACGGCAACACUGCUUAAAAUUUAUGUUGGUAAUACUUGUUGAUGCUUGGGGAAUCCCCGAUUCGAGUUUGUAUAUAUGAAAAACUCCACUAUUGUAUUACGCAAGAACUCACCAAGCAAUUAGCAGUUUAUUGUUGUAAGAAUUGGUUGUUUGUUGCAAGUGAGGAUAUAUUUAAUUAGUUUAUUGUGAAAAUAGGUUGACAAUGUCUACUCGGUAAGAAUUUUAUUCUAAUAUUCAAAAUAAUUUAUACUAUUACAAUUAUUUUAAUUUUUAAUCUACCCAUAAAAUUAAUCAUUUACAUCGUCGGUAGGUAUCGGUAGUAAAGUUUGAAAUCACAAGUUACGAAAUUAUUAUUUAAAAUAAUGAUUCUCAUCGCGCAUUUCAAAAUCAAUUCACUAUUUUGACAUUCGUAACCACCAAAACUAUUUCGGUACCUAUGUUCAUCGUUCUUUCAAAACUUACAAAAUUUGACACUUGAAUUGAACUUUGAACAAUCGGUGGACUUUCGUUAUAAACAUUUUUAUGGUCGCUUUUUUGGCAUUUCUUAGCAAUUAAGUAGAUUUUUCAAUAAAUAAAAACUAUUACGAACAAAAAUAUUAUUACAAACUUUUUGCGGUUUUGUUCUAGAAAGUGUCAGAGUGGAAGCGAAAAACGAAAGCGAAAGAAGGAGUCUGAAGAACAAAAUAAAAAAUUACCUAAAAUAAGUCAGUACUUUAAUAAUCAAGAUAGUAUAUAAGAAGAAUCAAAUGAACAGCGCGACGGAAAGGCAGAAAAUGAUGACAUAAGUGGCAAUAUCGCAGGGCCCGAUAACAGUGAAUAUUUAGAUUCAGAGCAACCACAACCAGGUACGAGCAAAUCUUUAAAUGAAUCAUGUUUGGACAUAGAAAAAUUAAAAUCUUUACCGCAUGUUACUGAUAAAGGUAACUUUAAAGAAC